UCAAUUUCCUGUUUUUAUAUCUCAACAGUUCAAGAGAAGUUUGUAUUUUUUUGCUAUUUUCUGAUUGUUUUGUAGCUUUAAAACCUAAAAGACAGUUGGAAUAAUCUGGCAUCAGUAUCGAGCGGCCGUAUCGAGCAAGGGCUGGGGAUCGGCCUUAAAAGAAGCACAAGUCAAGUGUGAGGCUUUGCAAUGUAAACAAUAUGACAAGGUUCAUGGAAACUUGGAACCUAAAGCUGUUAUUUCAAGACGUCUAGAUCUUCGAAGUUUGGUUUUAAGUUUGAUAUCAGGACGAGGUUUCAGUAGCCAUGAAGCUGACACAUUUUGAGAUUAAGUUUGACAAUCCCCAGGGAGUGUUUGCUGCCGGGAUGACUGUCAGUGGACAAGUACUGCUCAAUCUGGCAAAACCUAUGAAAAUGAGAAGUUUGAAGAUAUUUUUUGUUGGAGAAGGUAAAAGUCAUUGGACUAAAAGAAGUGGGAAAACAACUGUGAACUAUCGCGGAUCAGAAAUAUACAUGAACGCAUUAAUGAAACUCUUUGAAGCAGGUAAUCUAUGCAAUAUUUUUUUCGUUAAUAUUAAACUUUUUUUACACUUUGUUAAAGAGUCUCAAAGUGGUUCUCAGGAGCAUCCAGCAGGAAGUCACGCCUAUCCAUUCUCCUUGCAAUUAAGUGCCAGUUUACCGUCAUCAUUUGAAGGAAGCCGCGGACAUGUGCGAUAUCUAUGUAAAUGUACGAUAGACAGACCUUGGAAGUUUGAUUCGCAUGUGAAACGGGCAUUUACGGUGAUCCAUCAUUUGGAUCUAAACCUAGUGCCUCAAGCACCUAUCCCAGUAGAUGGUCAGGUCAGACAGGAUAUAGAAGGCUGUUGUUGUAGUGCUGGAUCUGUUGAAGCGUCGUUAAGUUUGAACAAGACGGGGUAUGUCCCGGGAGAACCAAUCGUAUACGAUAUUAUCAUCGAUAAUCAGAGUGACUAUAGUAUAAACACAGUGGAGCUGAUCCUUAUACAGAAAACUACAUACCAAGGAAAAUCCGAUGCAUUCCUUUCAUCAGGUCAUCCAAAGUUCCAUCCAAAGACAGCCUCAUUUUCCCUCCUGCAUUUAAACUGUAACAUCAAACAGCGGUCUACAGAAACCAUAAACCGGGCUACACUGGUGCCAUCUCUUCCACCGUCGGGUCUAGAGGGAUGUGGUAUAAUAAAUAUAGACUAUACUGUUGAGUUGAAAGUUCCUUGUAGUGGUACAAAACUGAAGAUACUGAAAAAGAUCAUACUUGGUACCAUCCCUCUUCAGCAGCCCACAUUCCAGGUGCCAGCACAACCAAGUGCCCCAUCACCAGCACUGUUGGCACCAGUUACUCUACAGCCUCAGUCAAUCAGCCUGAAUGUAGAGCCUGUAAUGGUACCACCAUCAUAUGAAGAAGCCUUAGCCCCGCCUCCAUCAUACUCGGAGUGUGUAUACGGCCGUACCACUAUCAGAGACGCUGAUGACGAUGACAAUACAACAGGAGACACGACAUGGGCACCAGCCUACCCAUAUUAUGACUGGUCCACACUUCCAUACAGAGGCCACAGACCAGAAGUUGCGACUGCAGGUCCGCCUCAGUACGACAAUGAUUGAUGCGAGAUUUUUUAUCGACUUUAAAACUUACUAUAAAAUGCAAUAUUGAUAUAUACACGAUAUUCAGAUAAGGCCAAGAUUACCACCACUUCUUCCACUUCCACAUUAUCUCAGUGUCCAUCAUAAUUUCAUAUAACCAAUAGAUAUUAUACCUUCUUUAUGCUAAAAUAUAUUUUUCUGUUACAUUAUGUUCAUGUUUCUUUUUAGCUUGACUAUUCAAAGAAUUGGUAGAGCUAUUAAUCUCACCCAUGCUUCGGCGUCUGCAUCCCUAUUUGGUUAACUUUUUGUUUGUAAGCUGGUAUCUCAGUAACCACUUGACAAUGUGAGAAUGGAUUGAAACUUCACACACUUAUUCACUGUGAAGAACUGACUUGCUUUGCUUAGGUUCUAUAACUGUUUUGCUUUUUAGCUCACCUGAGCACGAAGUGCUCAAGGUGAGCUUUUGUGAUCGCUCUGUGUCUGUUGUCCGUCCGUUGUCAACAAUUUGACUUUUAACACUCUAGAGGUCACAAUUUUGGUUCAAUCUUAAUGAAACAUGGUCAGAUUGUUACCCUAAAUAAAAUCUUGGACAUGUUCGAUAUUGGGUCAUCUGGGAUCAAAAAGUAGGUCACCAGGUCAAAUCUAAGGAAAAGUUUGUUAACACUCUAGAGGUCACAGUUUUGGCCCAAUCUUAAUGAAACUUGGUCAGAAUAUUACCCUCAAUAAAAUCUUGGAUGAUUUCGAUAUUGGGUCAUCUGGGGUCAAAAACUAGGUCACCAGGUCAAAUCAAAGGAAAAGCUUGUUAACACUCUAGAGGUCACAAUUUUGGCCCAAUCUUAAUGAAACUUGGUCAGAAUGUUACCCUCAAUAAAAUUUUGGACGAGUUCGAUAUUGGGUCAUCUGAGGUCUAAAACCAGGUCACACGGUCAAAUCAAAAGAAAAGCUUGUUAACACUGUAGAGGCCAUAUUUAUAACUGUAUCUUCAUGAAACUUGGUCAGAAUGUUAAUCUUGAUGAUCUUUAGGUCCAGUUUGAAUCUGUGUCAUAUAGGGUCAAAAACUAGGUCACUAGGUCAAAUCAAAGGAAAAGCUAGUAAACACUCUAGAGGUCACAUUUAAGACCAUAUGUUAAUGAAACUUGGUUAGAAUGUCAGGUCAAGUUCAAAUCUGGGUCAGGUGGGGUCAAAAACUAGGUCACUUGGUCAGAUCAAAGGAAAAGCUUGUUAACGCUCUAGAGGCCACAUUUAUGACUUUAUUUUCAUAAAACUUAGUCAGAAUGUUAAUCUUGAUGAUCUUUAGGUCAAGUUUGAAUCUGGGUCAUGUGGGGUCAAAAACUAGGUCACUGGGUCAAAUCAAAGGAAAAGUUAGUUAGCACUUUAGAUGCCAUAUUUAUGACCAUAUCUUAAUGAACUUGGUCGGAAUGUUAAACUUGAUGAUCUUUAGGUCAGCUUUAAAUCUGGGUCAGAUGGAGCCAAAAACUAGGUCACCAGGUCAAAUUAAAGGAAAAGCUAUUUAACACUAUAUAAGCCACAUUUAUGACCCUGUCUUAAUGAAACUUGGUCAGAGUGUUAAUGUUGAUGAUCUUUAGGUCAAGUUUAAAUCUGGGUCAGGUGGGGUCAAAAACUAGGUCACCAGGUCAAAUCAAAGAAAAAGCUUGUUAACACUCUAGAAGCCACAUUAAUGACUGUAUCUUCAUGAAACUUGGUCAGAAUGUUAACCUUGAUAAUCUUAAGGUCAAGUUCGAAUCUGGGUCAUGUGGGGUCAAAAACUAGGUCACCGGGUCAAAUCAAAGGAAAAGCUAGUUAACACUCUAGAGGCCACAUUUAUGACCAUAUCUUAAUGAAACUUUGUCAGAAUGUUAAUCUUGAUGAUCUUUAGGUCAAUAGGUCAGGUGAGCGAUACAGGGCCUUCAUGGCCCUCUUGUUUUGACCUUCUUGUCCUUAAGUGCAGUUAUGACAGGUGACCGAUAUAGGGCCAUUUUGGCCCUCUUGUUUACAAAAUGAUAUCCCUUUUUCGUCUUAUACUUAUUCAAUUUACAAGCCCGCCCACUUAGCUCAGUAGGGAAAGCGCAGAUCUACAAAUCUCGGGGUUGUGAGUUUAAGCCCAGGGCGAGGCAUAUGUUCUUCUUGACGAUUUGAUAAAAGACAUUGUGUCUGAAAUCAUUCGUCCUCCACCUCUGAUUCAUGUGGGGAAGUUGGCAGUUACUUGCAGAGAACAGGUUUGUACUGGUACAGAAUCCAGGAACACUGGUUAGGUUAACUGCCUGUUCUUACAUAACUGAAAUACUGUUGAAAAACGGCGUUAAACCCAAAACAAACAAACAAACAAAAAAAUUCAAUUUACAAGGCUGUUGAAUAGCUGAGCGACGCUGUCCUAUGACAGCUUUUGUUAUUAUGAUUAUUUGUAUUGGACUAAUAUGUCCUUUUACUGAAAUUUUUCUGAAAUGAAGACAAAAGUGUCACAAAAAUCUUAUUUUAAUACAAUUUUAAAUGAAGAAGUUUUGUUUAGAUGAAGGUUAUUGAUUUUAAGAUAGUUUAAGUCUGAAGACUAAAGUAAUGUAAACCAAUGUUUCUGAUUAUUUGCAACAUUUUUAAAAUAAAGAAAGUGUUUUUAUAUAAAUGAUUGUUUUAUGACAUUUUAAGAAAAAGUGGUUUUAAGACAUUCUGAGAAAUUGUACAAAAAAUUGUGUUAAACACAUCAUGACUUCGACUCAGUAUUUUUUGGUCCCAAGACAAUGCUGUCUAGCCAUUUCUUAAGUGGCUUUUUUCUGUUUUAAGUUCGCAAGACCUUGCUUACAACUUUUAAGUGAUUCAUUUGCUCAUAUACAUCAAUAGUUUUGUUCUUUUAUUAUUUUUCAUUUUAUUCAGUGAGGAUCAGUUGGUCCUUUUCUUAUAAAUGACAACCCCUUUUUUAGACAGACUAUAUAUUUAGGGGACAUGAGUAUACUGUUUUAUCUGCCUAAUCUGUCUCAAGGUUUUAUUUGUGAAUGACAACUUUAUUCUGCAAGAUCGGGAAAUAAGUUCUGCAUCAUUCUAAAGGUCUUAGACUGUAGUAAUAGUAUCUUUUUUAAUUUUUAGAAUAUCUUUAAUAAUGUCUAUUUUAUAGUCAAAAAUUACUCUCUUUUUUUUUUUUUUCAUUGUAAAAAUCUGGUGAAAAAAAAACAUUUUUAUAUAAACUUUGCAAAAUGUUGUCAUAAAAAAUAUUGCUUUUAUGCUAUCUAGGAUAUUCUUAAUGUUUUAUAACAAUCCAUUCUAAAAAAACAAAGUCGAAAAUUGAAAUUUUUGGGGGGGAAAUUCCUGUCACAAAUGGCUUGAAUUUUACAAUUGAAAAUUUCCCAAUGAAAUUGUUUUGACAAUAUAUUAAAAAUUAAUCAAAGUUUUUUGAAAAUUUAAAAAUAAUUUACUACCAACCUUGGAGUUCUUUACAAUGAUAUACACUGUCAACAGUGUUGUUUUAUAUCUAAAUAAAAAUCAGGUAAAAAAAAUCUUGUCACAGAAAAGGUGGAUCAAAAUAGUAGGUAUUUCCGUACAGUUUUUUCAUAUUCUGCAGCUCUCAGUGUUCAUUGUAUAUUUCUCAUAUAUAGCUAGUCAUAUAUUUAUUGAUAUCAUAUAUAUAAUAUGAUAUAAUGUAGAUAGUAUGAUAUAACUUAUGCUGAAUACUAUUGGUGCAUAUAUUUCAUACCUGUUGUCAUAAAAUAGCAUUGAUGUUAAUAUAUUUAUUUUCUGCUUGUAUUCACUAGCAACACCAAUGGCAAAAAUAGAAACUUUUUAAGUGUUGAGUGAUACACUUAUCCAUUAACAAAGGAUAGGAUGUGAUUUCAGUAUAAAUCCCAUACAUAAUUUGGCUGAAAAUUGACACCUUAUCAUAAUCCGAUUGCUCACUAGAAGUAAAUCUGUAUGUGUUAAGUUUCAGAUUUUCUGGUUUAAUAAGGACAAUUUGAAAGUGUAUGGCACAAUUGUAUGGAUGUUCGGAAGUUUGACACCUCAGAUGCUUAUUGAAGUAAUAAAAGAAAUCCUUUAAGCGUGCUUGCCCAGAUUAAAUGUGAAAUCACAACCUUUGUGUUCAUUUACCUUAGCAUUUUUAAAGUACAAGUAAAACUUGUUCAUCUUUCUAGAAUGCUAUGUAAAUGGCAGUUGAAACUUUUUUAUCAGUUUUUAAACAUGCCUGUUUUUGUUACGCUGUUUUGAGUUUUUGUUUCACUUUGUUUUAUGUGAAUGAGUAGGCCAGUUGAAGCCUGUCAGAUAAGUAGAGUAUUCUUUUAACCUUUAGCCUGCUGGCAGCAAGUGAUUCUGCCUUUGCGACCAGUGUAGACCAAGAUCAGCCUGCACCUCUGUACAGGCUGAUCAUGGUCUGCACUGUUUGCUAUUCAGUCAGUAAAUUUUUUCAGUGAACACAAUUCGAAUAGUAAGUGGUACUGCCCAAACUGAAUGAUGGACCAGUCCAUUAUAGAAAUUUAGCAGUGUAAGGGUAAAGGAUCUCAUCAAGGUUAUAUAAAAUACACAUCCCUAUAAAAUCUAGGUUUAAGUUAGAUAACCAAAUCAGUCCGAAGAAAUACAUUGAAAAUUGUGACUCACAGUUAAGUCAGUUUCUGCUCCUUAAUUUUCAUUUGAUUAAUUUUCAUUUGAACUGUUGUGCUUCUGUUUACAUUAAAGCUUAUCAUCUUAUUUAUUUAGACAAAACAAAACACUUGCAGCUUGUAUCAUGUACAUUUAUGUAAUUAAUUUGUAUUGACAUUCUGUUGAAAGUAUCAGCAUUUCAUCAUGGAUGCAAAAUUCAUCUUAGCCAAUAGUAAAACAUUGUUGUAAAGGGUUCCAUUAUUUUAAUCAUAGGUAAAAUUGUUGGCAAUUUUCAUUCUUGUUUGGAUAAAUAAUCAUUUUGUACACCAUGACACGGGGGUCCUAUUUGGCUGUGUGAAAAAAGUUAUUAUUUUUUUAGUCACUUGCCCCUCAUUGCUGUGGUGUUGUCACCUUGCUUGGUGUGUAGAAUUCUUCCAUGUGAGGAAGCCAUCCAUCUGGACAUUGAGGGUCAGUGGCUCUACCCAGGUGACUGCUCAAGCCAAAAAAUAAUGCUCAGAGAGGCACCAGGUGUCUUCCUCUACCACAAAUAGCUUCAAAGUUGCCAGAUGACCUAACAUUGUAUUGGUUUGACUUUAUAAAUUCCAUCAAGACAACGCCCCAUGUGGUUCUGGGACGAUCUAUGUAUGAAAAGAAUUGGAACCACUGCCUUACCCUUGCAUGAUGGUAAGAGGUGACUAAUAGGGUCUUAACACUUGGUUUUGCAGUAACAUUGUGAUUCCAGCAGGUAUGCAAAUUAUGAUUCCAUACCUCAUGUUUUUAUUUCGAUGUAAAUGAGAUGUGGAACCAAAAUUUGUAAUCCUGUUUGGCGCCAUAUAACCUAUACUGUGUUGGUGCGCCGUAAAACCCAAAUAAAUAAAUAAAUAAAUAAACCAUCAGGACAACAAAUGUACAUUGUGACGUUUAGCAAUAUUAUAGUGUUGUUUUUUAUGUUUUUGCUUGAAAAGAUGUAUUCAUAUUGAGUCUUCUAAGUUAUGUGUAUGUCAUAUUGUUUUAAAUGAAUAAGUGCUAUAUAAUAGGUCUGUUUAUUGUACUUAAAUGUUUAUGUGUAAUGUUAUAUAUUACAGAUAAGAAAAGAUCUAAAUUCAAUAUCACUGGGUUAAUAGUGUCAUCAGGGGGGAGGGGUGGGGGGAGGGCAUUGCUGCAAAAUAACAGAAAUCAUUUUUCUGUGCAAAACCUUUUUGCUGGUUUUAUGGACAAAAAAAAUCGCAAAACUCUGGAUUUUAAAGCAACUUCACAGGUUCAUUCAAGAUUUUGCAUUUUGGAAAAACUAACUUUUUAGUUCAGAAAAGUAAGUAAAAGUGCAACUCUGCAACCACUUGAUAGAUUGUUAUAUUAUCACUCAGAUUGUCAAAGGUAUAUUUGAAAAUGUGAACAGUUACUACAUACAGCUUAUGUAAACAUAGGAUUUUACUGGUUAAUGUGUAUUCACUGUACUAUGCAAUAUAUUUUUGAUGUAAAAUAGUACAUGCUUAAUACAUGUAUAGCUAAACCCAUUUAAAAAAAAAGUAUUUUUAACUAAUGUUUGUUACUGUUUGAUUUUCAGUUGUGAAUGCAGCUCUGCAUACUCAAUUAAUUUAUGUACUUAGUCAAGUUAAAUACAUUUGAAGUAAAUAUCUAAAUACAUUUUUGUAAAGAUAUUGUUGUGAAAGAUGGGCAAUGCAUAUCUACAAAUGGUUAAAAUGAUAUUAUAGAAUGUGUGAGAUUUGAUACAUGUACAACAGGUACUUUUUUGGAAUUUUAUUAUAUGUUGUUAUAAUUGUACAUAAAGAAUGUGAGAUGUUGAAAAAAAUGAAAAAUAACCAAGUUUAUUAUAUACAGUCGACAUCGUACUUGCGACCACCUCUAUUAAGCGAGUUUUGUAUUAAACGACCGGUCAAAAUCCCUCCCGAACAUUUUCAGUAUAUAAAUUCAUUCCAUUAAACGACUUUUUUAUUAAACGGCUAGCGACCGCAUAAAUGUAGUCCCGACAGGUAAAAUAUUCGACAGAAGUAUCUAAUAAGCGACCGGGUACCAAAAUUCUACUGGGCAUUUUUUUAUCUGUGUAAUUAGCGAGUACGUUUGGUACGUGACUGAAGGCACUUUGUAUCAGUCAAACUGCCAAACAAUCUAGCCAUAAUUUUCACGGUUUUUGGACUUGGAAAAGUUUUCACGGUGUUAAAACAGAUUUUGAAACCAUAUAUGCAUGUUCAUAAUAAAUACAGUCACAUUAACAGUUAGAAAAUAACUUUCAUUUUCAUCUGACUGAAAUUCAUUAAGAGACCAUUCCAUUAAAAGACCACUUCUUACCAGUCCCUUGGGUGGUCUGUUAAUACAAUGUCGACUGUACCUAUAUAAAUUCUGUAAAAAUAUCGGCUUUUAUUUCACAAUUAGAUAUGAACAGACAGACAAAAAAUCCGUAUUGUACUUUUAAAUUCCGUAUUGUACCUUCCGUAUUGUAUGCUGCCGGAUUAUUUUCAUUAAUAUGCAUGACCCGGCACAUUUCUAUAAAUAGCGCACAUAUAAACGUCACUAAGUUCCAUUUAAUACCGAUAAACAUUGAAGAUUUCGUUCAAGAACAAAACAAGAAUCAAAACGGUAAAGGUAUAUAAUAAAAGGGUCAUUAUAACAGUAGCUAGAUCUGGGACUUUGUAUUCGGCUCUCAUGGAUUUUGCAAGGUCGGAUCACACUCGGCUCUUGCGCGCCCGGUGAGUUCCGAUCUGGCAAAAUCCACUCGAGCAGAAUACUGCAUCCCAGAUCAAGCUACUGUUAUAAUUACCCUAUUUUAUUAGAGACAUCAGUGGUUAAUCAGUUAACCAUUAGAACUUCGGAUUAUCUGUAACUGGUUAACCUCAUUUUUCUUUUAAAUGAUUGAACAUGGAAAUAACUUCAGGCAUUCUCGGUCAUUGGUGUUUGUGAGCGAAUCAGUAAAUCUGUUUAAUGAUUUUAAGUAAGUGCUUUAUUACAUUAUAGAGCAAUUUCCUGCAGUUUUCCUGCAUGUGUACUUAUAUGUACAUACUAAAAAUUGCAAUGUCUUUGUUAUGCUACGUACAUGUUGUCUUAAUAUAUUUGUGAAAUAUUUCCAUAUGUUAAAUGUAUAUGUUGUUUUUCUGUUGUUGUACUUCUUCCCCACUAUUGCCAAAUGUGUUUUUAGACCUAUAUAUUGUUGAACAAAAUUCAACUGGAAAGUGAUCACGAUUCUCUAUGUGUAAAGUGUCAAAUUAUGAAAUCAUUAUUCCUUGUUUGGGACUAACUCAACCCUGAAACUAUGAAAUCAUUAUUCCUUGUUUGGGGCUAAAACAUCCCUGAAACUAUGAAAUCAUUAUUCCUUGUUUUGUGACAAAAUCAACCCUGAAAUUAUGAAAUCAUUAUUCCUUGUUUGGGACAAAAUCAUUUCCUUGUUUGGGACUGAUCUUAUGUGGGACAUACUUUUGUGGAUUUUAUGGUCAUCUCCGUCCAUGAAUUCCGUAAAAAAUCCUUGUUUAGAUUAUCUUUAGAAAUCUGAAAUCUACGGUUUAAUGCCCCCACAAACAGUGAUUUUGGCUGAAGUCAUAGAAUUUUAUGCCAAUAAAUUCGAUGAUUUCACAGUAUUGGUUUCAAGUUUUUGAUUGCUUUAAAGCACAGUUUUUAGUGGUCAUAUUUCUUGAAAUAAAGAUUGGUCUACCUUAUUUGAAGGGUAUUUAAAACCAAUGCAAAGCAUUGUAAUAUGUGAGUUAACAAAACAGUAAUUUGAGGGCUGAUUCAGUGUUUUAUAAGUUGAAAGGAAAUAUUUAUGAAACACUGUAGUCAGGAAGCUGUGUGAAGUGUGGGUUUGUAACAUACAAGCUACAGCAAAAUAUUUAGAUCUGGAAACAAAGUGGUGUGUUCAUGUGUGUAUGAUCUCUUUGUGUGACAAAUUGCAUUUGUUCUUUUGUUUUCAGUUAUUUUUAUUUUUAUUUAAGUUUAUUAUUUGUUAGUGGAAUCCUCUUAAAGAGGAAAAACAUUUUUAACCAUUUUAUGUUUUUUACUAGAAUGUUUGUUUAGUUAAAAUUGUUUUAACUCAGAUUUUUUAAAUGUGUUUUAACACCGAUAAGAAUUCCAGUCUGUAUCUUAAAAGAACUAUGCAGUCAUAGGUCAACUCACCAGUAAUUUAUCAAUGGUCACAUAGUUGAAUUUGAACUUAUACAGUUCUGCCUUAAAUGAGCAACACCACAAGGAAAUGCUGUUUUGUGGGUUUGUGAGUUUGAUAUCUUGGUGAAGCAUUUGUUUUUUGGUGACAGUUUUGGUACAAGACAGUGUGUCUUAAAUUAUGCAUCCUCCACCUCUGAUUCAUGUGGAGAAGUCGACAGUUACUUGUGGAGAAAAGCUGACAGUUACUUGUGGAGAAAAGCUUAGUAUUGGUACAAAAUCCAGGAACACUUAUUGGGUAAAUUGCCCACUGUUACAUAACUGAAAUAUCAUUGAUCAAUGGAGCUAAACCAAAAAACCAAAACAAAAAUACAGGAGAUUGGAGCUCUUAUCAGUUAUAUACAGUUUAACCUACCUAAGUAGUCACCUGUAUAGUAUAUUAAGCAGCCACUUGCCUUAAGCAGCUGGUCAGCUGACUUCCCAGUUCAGCUUUUAGUUUCAGCUUGUCUUAAGCAGCCACCUCCCUUGGUUGCUUAAUACAUGAUUGACUGUAAAUGUUUUAUGCAUACAAUUGUAGGAAGAUAUUUGCUGUUUUGAGGUGAUAUUUUGAGAGAAGUUAUACUGUAUAUUAUUAUUCCUCCAGUGCAACUGAGAUUUCUGCUACUGUAUAUUCCCUAAUUAACGCCCCCAGUCCCCUACAUUUUUAAAAGAAAUAUUUGUUUUUUAAGCUAAUGUAGGUCAUGAGUGAAUACUAACUUUAAGAUGAUGAUAGAAUUGUAAAAGUUCAUUAACUAGAUUUACAUACAUACAUUUAGAUUUUGAUAGAAAAACAAAACUUUUUAGACUCGUAAUGAGUUCCCCCUCCCCCCCACUUUACAAAAUGUAACACCACGCACACACAUGCGCACACACACGCACGCACACACACACACUAUAAAAGGACGUUAAUAAGGGAAUAUAUUAUAUGUUUAUUUAUAAGCUUAAUCACCAUAGUAUUGGUGAAUAGUUAUAUUUUUAUCUUGCCAAGUAUGAUUUUGUUAACUUUAUUGUAGUUUUCUGUUUAAGAUCUUUUUAUUGUGAUAUUUCUGUUUCGCAUAAUUUACAUGCUAGAUUAUAUAAUAAACUAUAAUGGAAAUA